CCCUUGUCAAAAGAUAGCAGUGAUCACGUGACUCAGUCACGCUACUACACUCACAUAGGUCUCGUCUCCUACCAGACCCCGCUGUCCUACACUCAGGAGACACAAACCACCGAAGCUCGCCGACCUGACACACACACCACGCUGCAGUGCUACACCAGCCAUGAAGCUUAUCCUGUUUCUGCUCUUCACCACGGUUGUGGCCAGAGAAUUCGUGGCCAGAAUGGAGAUGCCCUCACCGAGUGUUGAGCGCUCGUUGUUCGACCUCUUAAUGAAAGAACGAGCAAAGAAGCCAACUCGUGUGGAAGAGUUUGUUUUCACGAACUGCGGCAAUCCAGCCACGGAACUGUUCUUGGUGAAUCAGCUCAACAUUUCUCCAGACCCGAUCCCCAGUGCAGGGGCCAUAACCGUCAAUUUUGAAGGCAGUGCCAGACAGCAAAUCGUCUCCCCUGUUAAGGCAGAGCUGACAAUAAAAAAGAAUGUCUUUAAUAUCUGGAUCACCAUCCCCUGCAUCGACAACUUCGGAUCCUGCACCUACGACGACUUCUGCCAAAUGUUGGCCCGGAUCGGGACCUGCCCUCAGCCCUUUAUUGAGCACAAUGUGCCCUGUCACUGCCCCAUACCUGUGGGAAACUACUCGCUACCCGGGGUAUCCAUGGACAUCAGCCUGGGCGCCCUGCCCUCUGGAGACUACGAGGCUACGGUUGACUUGACCUCAGCGGCAGGAAGUGUCGGCUGCUACGGCCUCAAGUUUACUCUUGCUUGAUUAAAAAAAAAAAAAUUAUUUCAUCAGCAGUAUGAUGUGAGAUUGUGCGUGAAUCGUUCUUUUCGAUUUUUUUUUAAAAAUUUACUGACAUUCCUGGAAGUUGGUGCGUUAGGGCAACCACUAGAUGUUCUUUCAAUCUAACAACGAAUAUUAUAAUAUAAAAUACAGACAAUCCUCGCCAUAAGACAUUGUAAAGAUUUCAUUUUCGUCGAAUUCUCCGUCUGCUCUGCAACACCACCCAGCACGACCCUAUGGCGCUCCUGGUGCAUGGCGGACGAGGCUGACAAUGACUCAUGUCUCGAUAAAAAAUUGAGGGGUAAUCACAGUUUUUGUUACCUGGUAAAUAAAGUGAUAUCCAAAUGUAAA